CCUAUCGAAAUGGAUAAUCCUUACACACCGAAGAAGAAAUUAUGCUUUAUAUGUGAGCAUAAUAUUGAUCUCGAUUACAAAAACGUGCGAUUACUUUCACAAUUUAUUUCUCCCUACACGGGUAGGAUUAAAGGUAGAAAAUACACUCAACUUUGCAUUCCUAUGCAAAAGCGCUUGAGCCAAUUGAUUAAGCGAUCUCGACAGUUUGGAGCAGUAUUUGGAUUUUAUUCUACUUCCUCAGGUCGGAUUCUAUGA